CGGCUCAACGCCGUGAUUGUUUUAUUGCCCCAUGUUUGUCGUGUUCACAGAGGACAAGACACCACCGUCAUCGUCGUCGUCGUCAGCUGAGAAGACAGACGACAAGAGCCAGAACAAGACAUCAUCGUCGUCAUCAUCAGCCGAGAAAGCAGACGACAAGAACCAGAACAAGACAUCGUCAGCCGAGAAGACAGAUGACGAGAGCCAGAACAAGACAUCGCCGUCGUCAGCCGAGAAGUCAGACGACAAGAGCCGUGAGUGUCUCGAUGGGACCUUUUUGGCAGGACUAUGAAAAAUUAUGAAAAAUAAGAAUAGGUUUGUAGCCUUCUCUGGCAGUGAAACAGGAGCUGAGUUAAAUGGUUUAGACACCAAAUAACUGACGUA